AUGGAGGAUGCGGGCAAACCAAAAGACAACUCGCCUGAUGCCAACCCCAACCCACCAGAUAAAUCACAGCUCACACCGAAAGAUAUCAAGGCAAUGUUGUCGGGGGCACCUCACUUCCUUCUAGAGAAAGGCAAGCAUGGUCGAUGGUAUCCCCAGGUGAUCUUCCCCUGGGAUGAGCAGAACCCAAUAAUCCAACAUAUGUGGGAUCGCAAGGCCUUACCACAUGCAUCCUUCACUCUGAGCACACUCCACGCCCAUCUGCCAGUCCCAGAUGACUGGGUCGUCAAAGGCGGCGUUCCGAUUCAAGUAUCUGACUGGCGCCGCCGAACAAACGCUGUAAACAGAGCAACGUUUGACGUCGGGAUCUUCGAAGUACCCAAUAUGCUAUCCCACAACGGCAAAGAACCCGGCACCGUCGGUUUCCGGCACUUCCUUGAAUUAUCGGUAGCUGAUGCGCUCCGGUACACUGGCCCCGAGAAGCCAAUCAACCCUCCAUCUUUCCAGCAAAUCUCAACCAUGGCGGCGACGGCGGCAUUCGAUUUAAUGGAGGGAUAUAACAAACCGUAUUCGCAAUGUCAGAGCGGUGCCGUGUACGAUCGUCAUAGACUAAUUUGUGAAGGCCCCGAGGCCUGGAAGCGCAUUGGUGUACGAGAUGUCAACCUUCGAUAUCUCGUGCAACGCUUAGAACAUAUGCGCAAACUCCGUCAUGAGAUUCUCUCGGAGGGAUCGACGAAGACAAUUCUGGAUGUUGAAAGUCCGCGCAAGAUGCACGAUAAUUUACACUCGCAUUUCCUUUACCCUCACCCUCCACACGAGAUGUUAGAACAUAAUCCGCAAAGCGUCAAAUCCCAGAUCAAAACUCUGUCAAUCGUCCUGGCCACCCCAGGAGCAUGGAUCAAUUUCAGUCUCCCCGAAUGGCGCUUUCGGGCUGGACAGGUCCUAUGGGAGGCAUCCCCGCAUUGCGACGGGGACUGUCUGGACUCCGAGUCAAAUGACGAGAAAGUGCCACGGGAUAUUUUGAUCAGGUCCGGGAUGGAGCGAAAGUGGUUGUUGAUCCAGAUGCUCCUCUCUGCUGAGUUGCUUCUUCGCUUGGAUGCGUUCGUUCGAGUUGGCAUGUUGCACGAUCCGCACGGUGGUCAUAUCACAAUACCGGAGCUUCGACAAUUCGAGAAACUGCGAGAAGGGAAGCUGAAUUGGGAUCUGAUUGUUGUGCGCCGAUUCCUCAACAGUCUUGAUAUCACUUGUCCGCCGCCACCAUCAGGGCCAUCUAAUGGUGGCUCACGUGAGAAGAGUCGUCGUUUUUCGUUGCUUGAUAGCAUCACUCGGCGUAGCAGCUCGCCUCCUGUUCCGGAUCUGCAGUCUGCCUGGGACUGUGAAGUGAGUUCUUCACACGUUCGACUGCAGCUGGAGGGACUGUAUGUCUUCGCAGAAAACAUCGGGUGGCCAAGAUUGGAUGCACUGAAAGCUACCAUGGAGCUCAAACUUGGAGACCCUAACAAUCCGACCCUACCACCCUUAGUCGUCGAUAACAGGUGGGGACGGGAAAAAAUAUCCAAGGAGAUGUUACUGGCCAAGGAGGAUAUGUACACACGAAACCCCUGCCGCCGACGCAUCAAGCUUCAUAGCUCUGGCGAUCCCCAGUCUAAAACUUUAGGCUGGAUCUCACGAUCCUGGCUCUCCGGGUUCGUGGUACCCGGAGAGGGGAUCAGCCAUCUUCUCAUGGCGACUCUCCUUGAGAAUGACGCAGAUGCACUUGCCCAACUAGGCUCAAUUGCUAACUUCUAUGGCGCGUUCGUUUACGGCGAAAGGAGCUGGUGGAGCAAAGCAUGUGUUGUUGGACGUGUCUUGUCUUGUUCAGCGGGAGCUAAGACAUGCAUGGGGUGGAUCAGCAGCGACAUGAUCCCCCGGGAUGUUCAUACGGGGGAAAUAUUCAAGCCUGGAUGGCUUGAAUUCGCAGUUGAAGAGGUUCCGCAGAUCUCGAGCAGGCCUCGAAUCAAGCAUGGAGCCAAGCUUUCCAUAGAAUCAACACCGCUAGGCAUGGGAGAUAUCACAGCAGAGGACUUUACACUCCCAACAGAGAAUCCAGAGCCAAGUGCAACAGAUGUCAAGAUCGAAGCUUUGACUCUAUCUGUCGAUGAUUACAGACCUCCCAACGGGAACGGCAUUACACCCGCUGAGGCAUCCAUGUCGUUCUCGAUCAGAGAUAGUGCUGGGGUUUCAACUACGGUUUGUUUCCCCCUCAGGUGGAAUGUGCGCUUUAUCUCCGCCCAUGAAUGCUGUCCACCGUUGGGGGUCGCCUCUCGCAAGUCCGACCGCGAGAAUAAUGAAACCAAACAGCCUACGAGACCUGUGUCCAGGUAUACACGUCUACCAGGCCAUCCUCUGCACAACUCAUAUCGAUACAAGUAUGUGUCGUUGGAGUCCCUUUCCAACACCCCGGUACCGCAAUUGCCAUCAUCGCCACGCGGAGAGACAUCUCAAGCGCCAGAGAUUAUUGUCAUCGACGCGCGGGGCACCCGAGACAGGGAAACAUUCGCUCGGGCGUGGUGUGCUGCUGUCGGGUGCCAUGCGAUCAUAAGUCGCUCCGGGGGAACUCGUGUGACAUGUUGUGUCGCGUGUUCAAUCAGGCAAGCUCGAGCCAUUGACGCCGUGGUUGUGGUACGAGUGAGCGAAUGA